UUCUCGGCUUAGGUGUUGUCUUGGUGUACCCUCAGUAAUUGCGUUUUCCGCGGCAUCAUUUAGUGCAAUUUGUAUUGUUUGUAUAAAACCCGCUGACAUGCGAGCAGUAGCUUACUGUUUGUGAUAUCUUCAGUACAACAUGAUCGGGAUUACAACGUUUUGUCUUGCGAUUUUCGCUAUAUUCAACUCCGGCCAAUGUGUGUCUUCAAAAUUGGAUUUUGGUAAUGAAGAAACUUCUGUUGUAACAAAUUCUACAAACACCGAAGAUGGGGAUGUAGAAGUUAAUCAUACUAUAUUAGUAUCUACCAGGCUGAAGAAUAACAAUAGAAGAAGAUUCUAUGGCGGCGGCGAAGGUGAAGCGGGCGUGUUGUCCUACAACAUCGGUCGCAAGCAAAAAGAAGACAGCGGUGAAGUGCCCGUGGUGCUUGGCUUGAAGUCCGUCGACACCACUCAAUUAAGGACCCCAGACACACGUCGUAAGGCUCAAAUCUACCCUGACUCAGUAUUCGUCAGCAGGAACAUUCGCGACGACUACGACGUCUUCCCAAAUGUAGCUUUGACUCCUUCGCAGUGGAAACCUUCUAGUUUCUUCAACAAUAUCAAUUGGUGGCAGCAGGAUGGUAGAGACUUUGAAAGGAGAAACUACAGACCGGUCAACACUAAUAAGCUGAAUAGGAAAAUAGGUGAUGACGCAAUGAAAGAGUUUUACUGCAAGAAGUGUAGGGAGCUAAGUCAAGAUGGCAGAGGGUGUAUUCAGCAGAGGAGUAAUCCGAAUCCGUGGGUUGUGACGACAACACCAAAGAUGAAGCUCGAUGGUAAAUUGGCGAAAUUAAACUAAUGGGUUCGUCUUAUUGUUUUUGUUCAUCCCGUGACCGUAGACCGUACUUGGCGUGAGCAAAAACACGAUGCUAUCGCGCAGCCUUGAGGUGUCGCGCUUGAAGAGCAUGUUAUAAUCAAACGUUUACGGAAUGUGCAUGAGGAAUUAUAAUUUUCUGGAAAAAACAUUACUGCAAGGAAAAUAAAAUAGUUCUGAGCUUUCAUAAGCAUGUAAAAUUUAAUUAGAUUUGGAUUUUGGAGUGAAAUGACUUGAGUAUUUACGCGAUUCAAAAUACAAAUUACU